AUGAGUAAUGUAUGUUUAGUUGUGAUAGAUGGAUGGGGAUAUGACGAAGCAAGCACAAGGGGAAAUGCAGUGAAUGAGUCGAGAUGCCAAUGGAUGAAGACUCUGAGUCAAAGCCGCCACAGUCUUCUUCUACAUGCACAUGGAAGAUAUGUAGGGUUACCGGAUGGACUGAUGGGGAAUUCUGAGGUAGGGCAUCUAACCAUAGGAAGUGGCCGGGUUAUUGAACAGGAUAUACUGAGGAUAGACAAGGCUAUUGAGGAGGGACGGCUUAGGAGCAUGCUUAGGAAGGAGGUUCAGGAAGUAGAAGGAAAGAUUCACCUAGUAGGAAUGGUCAGUGACGGAGGAGUACAUUCGCACAUAAGGCAUCUCAAGGGUAUUCUGGAAAGUCUCAGAGACCUUGGUGAAGAGGUAUUUAUACAUUGUGUGAGUGACGGUAGAGAUACCGAGCCACGAGUAUUUUUGAAAUAUCUUAGUGAGGUUGAGGGCUUCUGCCAAAAGAUUGGGAUUGGAAAGGUUGCUUCUAUAGCCGGUAGGUUCUACACGAUGGAUAGAGCAAGCAACAACAAGAGAACAGAGCUUAGCUUCCAAGAAAUGACAAGUGGAGAGGAAGUGCAAGGAGAAGUCCGGGAUUAUAUUCUUGGGAUGUAUGAGGAGGGCCUGAGUGAUGAGACCCUCAGACCUUUUCUUGUUGACAAAAGAGGCAAGAUAGAGCCAGAAGAUACCAUCAUCUUCUUUAACUUCAGAGCAGACAGAAUGAGGCAGAUUACCUCCAGAUUUGCCGAGAAUGGAAAUAACAUAAUAACCAUGACGGAAUAUAAAAAGGAACUUAAGUCGAAGGUUCUUUUCGAGAAAGUCUGUGUAAAGAACACUUUAGCAGAGAUCAUGUCUAGCCACGGGAUGAUACAUUCCCACAUAGCAGAGAAGGAGAAAGAAGCACAUGUAACUUACUUCUUCAAUGGAGGCAAGGAGCAGGCAUUCCUGAAUCAAAAAACAAUAAUACAUCCCAGCCCAAAUGUUGAAUCAUUCGAUGCAGCCCCAUCAAUGGCGUCAAAGGAAGUAACCUCCUCUGUGAUUGCUGAGAUUGGGAGUGGAGUGCCCCUAGUGAUUGCCAACCUUGCACCUCCUGACAUGGUAGGGCAUACAGGGAAUCUCGAGGCAACAAAGAUGGCAAUUGAGUUCACAGAUGAAUGCAUAGGAUCAAUUUAUAAGGCUUGUAAAUCGAAUGGAUACACUCUUAUUGUGACUGCAGAUCAUGGUAACGCCGAAAAAAUGAUAGAUGAAGAAGGAAAUUGCUGUAAGACUCAUACAACAAGUAAAGUUCCGCUAAUAAUCUGUGAGGGAAAGCCGGGUAGGCCUUCAUCUUCAUGGGGAUACAUAGAUUCUAAUUACUCAUUGAGAGAUGUAGCACCGACUGUAUUGGAAAUAAUGGGGAUUCCAAAGCCAAAGGAGAUGACAGGAAGAUCGGUCCUUAAAAGCGCCAGAUACCCGCUUUCUUCCGAUAAAGAACCACAGUAG